AUUUUAUUUUCUCUUCUUCUCUAAAUUGUGUUUUCUCUUUUUCAUUUUGUUCUUUUUUUCUGUCAUAUUCUUUUCUCUUUUUCUUCUCUCCCGUUGUUUGUUUCUUCAUUUGUUCUUUUUUUUCCCUGUGAUUUUCUACCUGAUUUUUAAUCAUUUUAUGCUUGAAAUGUUGGUCUUGGUGAUAAUUAAGUAAAAAAGAAGAAGAGAAGAAAAAAAAAACCUAAAGUGGUCACAUCAUAUUCUCAUUUUAAUUGAUAUAUUUAUGGUUUUUCUUCAUAUAUUAUGUUGAUUUGUCUUCACCCUCUUUUCAUCAUCGACAAUUGGUCAAGAAUUAAUGUAUUAUACCAAUUGCCUGUUGUCCAAGAAGUUUGUUCCCCUUUCACCCAACAAUUAUCUUCACCAGUUCAACAACAACAAUUGUUACUCAUUUUAUUGUUCCUACUAUUUUUAUCAACAAAAUCAACUAUUAUUAACAUCACUAAACCGAUUGAAAAACAACCAACAGCAACAAUAUCUUCUGAUUAUCAAACUGUUUCUAUCAUCACCAAUUAUUUACACAGUUUUUUAUUCUUCUUCUAUUCUAUUUCUUAGUUGGCCAUCUUGUUUUUUUUCAUUUGUUGAUUCUCUUUAUCUCUCUGCCAUUACUAACAUAUUUUUCUUACCAAUAAGCUAAUUUUAUCCUCUUUUGUUUCAAUCUAUCUCUCACCUUUACCAUUAACUUGAUCAUCUUGAUCAUCUGUUUUCUUAUCAUCAUCUUAUCUCUUUUUCUCUCUAUCUCCUUCUUUCUGUCACCAUCCAUCUUUUGCAACAAAUUGUAUUUUGACUUGUUCUUUUUUCAUGGUUCUUAAUGGUUACUCUCCAAUUGCAGAAAAUGAGCGACGGAUUCGCGCCAAUGACUCAUAUUUUAAUUCCAGAUUUAAUUAUGCUAAUAAUUACAUAAAAACAUCAAAGUACAACAUCUUCACUUUCAUUCCUGUCAAUCUAUUUGAGCAAUUUCGUCGUCUCGCCAAUUUUUAUUUCCUUUGUCUUCUAAUUCUCCAGCUCAUCCCAUUGAUAUCUUCGCUCACAUGGUUGACCACUGCGGUGCCUUUAGUUGUGGUCCUUGCGGUUACUGCAAUCAAAGAUGCUAUUGAUGACAUUCAAAGACAUAGAAGUGAUAAUCAAGUAAACAAUAGGAAUUCAAAAGUUUUACGAAAUGGAAAACUUGUUGAUGAGAGAUGGCAUAAAGUUCAAGUGGGUGAUAUAAUUCGUAUCGACAAUGACAAUUUCGUUGCGGCAGAUUUGCUCCUCUUAUCAACUAGCGAACCCAAUGGGUUAUGCUAUGUUGAAACAGCCGAACUAGAUGGAGAAACCAAUUUAAAAUGUCGCCAAGCCCUACCUGAAACAGCUGAUCUAUUGGAUGAUACCAAUUUAUUAUCCAAAUUUGACGGAGAGAUACGAUGUGAACCACCCAAUAACAAUUUAACCAAGUUUGAGGGAACAAUGAUUUGGAAAAAGCAAACAUAUCCAUUGGAUAAUGAUAAGAUGUUAUUAAGAGGUUGCGUCCUUCGUAAUACUAAAUGGUGCUUUGGAGUUGUCAUAUUUGCGGGUCGAGAUACUAAAUUGAUGCAAAACUCUGGUGUAACCAUUUUUAAAAGAACGAGUCUUGAUAGAUUGUUAAAUUUGUUGAUUUUAGGGAUAGUUUUUGUGCUGAUUAGUAUGUGCCUAUUCUGUACCAUUGCAUGCGGUUUCUGGGAAACUGUUACUGGUCAAUAUUUUCGUGGUUUUUUACCUUGGGAUAAGAAAGCAGUUCCCCAAGAGGAUCCCACCAGUGGUGCCACAAUAAUUGCAAUUCUAGUCUUUUUUUCAUAUGCCAUUGUCUUAAAUACGGUGGUUCCUAUCUCGUUAUAUGUUUCUGUUGAAGUGAUUCGUUUUUGUCAUUCUCUUUGGAUCAAUUGGGAUCAGAAAAUGUAUUACCCUGUAACCGAUACACCAGCCAAAGCUCGGACAACAACUCUUAAUGAAGAAUUGGGUCAAAUAGAGUAUAUUUUUUCCGAUAAAACGGGAACCCUGACACAAAAUAUAAUGACCUUUAAUAAAUGUUCAAUUGCUGGUAGAUUAUAUGGUGAAAUAAUUGACCCUGAAUCAGGAGAAACCCUUGAAAUUACCGAAGACAUGACACCAGUUGAUUUCUCUUUCAAUCCUUACUACGAGGAAAGUUUUCGUUUCUACGAUCAAUCGUUACUCGAUGAUGUCCACGCAGGUAGACAAGAUGUUUACGAGUUUUUCCGUCUUCUUGCCUUGUGUCAUACUGUCAUGUGUGAAGAGAAAGAUGGUAAAUUAGAGUAUCAGGCUCAAUCCCCUGACGAAGCAGCACUUACAUCGGCCGCUCGAAACUUUGGUUUCACUUACAAGAGUAGAACUCCCAAUUCGGUGACAAUUGAGAUUCUUGGAAAAACUGAAGAAUAUGAAUUGAUUGCAAUCCUGGAUUUUAACAAUGUUCGUAAAAGGAUGUCUGUGAUAAUUAAAAAGGAUGACAAGAUUACGUUACUUUGUAAGGGAGCUGAUUCUGUGAUAUUUGAGAGAUUACAUCCAAAUUGUGAGGAGGUUAAACAGGAGACACUUGAAAAUCUUAAUCGUUUUGCAAGUGAAGGGCUUCGAACCCUUUGUUUAGCCAAGAAAGAUUUGGACACUGAGACUGUUGAAAAAUGGAAAGCUCAGUUACACGAAGCUGCAACCAGUAUGGUUGACCGAGAGGAUAAAGUAUCAGCUGUUUACGAGUUAAUUGAAAAAGAUUUAAUCUUACUGGGAGCCACUGCAAUUGAAGAUAAACUUCAAGACGGUGUUCCUCAGUGUAUUGCCAAUCUUGCCGCUGCCAAUAUAAAAAUUUGGGUUCUAACGGGUGAUAAACAAGAAACCGCCAUUAAUAUUGGUUACUCAUGUCAAUUACUAACUGAUGAAAUGGUUGACAUUUUCAUCAUUGAAGGCUGGGAAUAUGAUGAAGUUGAACAAGAGCUACUUCGAUGUCGGGAAAGUAUUCGUAACAUCUCAGCUCAGGGAAAAGUUGGAGGAGCUUGUUCAGUAGUUACCUUUAGUGAUGCCAGUGAUGUGACCCACAUUUCAGCGACAGGUAACAACGUUUCCUCAGGUAAACAAUGUAACAAUCAGAAAGGCGAUCAUAAUCAUCAUGGUAAUGAUUCAAAAGCUGAUAAUCACAAUCACAAUCAUACUCAACAACAACAGCCCUACACCAAUCAUCAAACUCUUGGUGCCGGUUUAGAAGAGCUUCUUGGUAAAGAUGGAGCUUUCGGCGGAUUUGCGUUAGUUGUUAAUGGUCAUAGUUUAGUUCAUGCUCUUCAACCUCAGAUUGAGUUGCUCUUCCUCGAAGUUGCUUCUUGUUGUAAAGCUGUUAUCUGCUGUCGGGUUACUCCAUUACAAAAAGCUCUUGUAGUUGAUCUCGUUAAAAGGCACAAAAAAGCCGUUACCUUAGCUAUAGGUGAUGGUGCCAAUGAUGUGAGUAUGAUUAAAAUGGCACAUAUUGGUGUUGGUAUUAGUGGUCAAGAGGGAAUGCAAGCAGUUUUAUCAUCAGACUUUGCCUUGGCACAGUUUCGUUUCCUUGAGCGAUUAUUACUUGUCCAUGGUCGCUGGUCAUACUAUCGUAUGAGCAAAUUUUUGAGAUACUUUUUCUAUAAAAACUUUGCCUUCACACUUUGCCAUUUCUGGUACGCAUUUUUCUGUGGCUUCUCGGCUCAGACUCUCUAUGAUCCUGUUUUCAUAUCAUUCUACAAUGUUUUCUACACCUCUCUUCCUGUCCUGGCUCUUGGUAUAUUCGACCAAGAUGUAGAUGAUCGAAUGUCCGUUCGAUAUCCUCUAUUAUAUACUCCGGGUCACAGUGAUCUCUUAUUUAACAAGAUUGAAUUUUUAAAAAGUGUCGCCCAUGGUAUUAUCACUUCGUUUGUUUUAUUUUUCAUCUCAUAUGGUGCUUUUAGAGAAGCUAUUGGACCAGAAGGAAUUAAUUUCGACGGUCAUCAAAUCUUUGGUACCGUUGUCUCAACAAUUCUUGUUUUAGUAGUAACAGCACAGAUCGCCUUGGAUACCGCUUAUUGGACUGUAUUUAAUCAUGUUGUUAUCUGGGGAAGUGUAGCUUUUUAUUUUGCUAUGACCCUUUUUAUUAAUAGUAAUUUUAUCCGUAAUCAGUAUUUGGGUUGCUUACGAACCACCCUAAGUACGGGACAGUUUUGGUUUACCCUGUUUUUAACAUUGGUCAUUUUACUUGUACCCGUUAUUGCAACUCGUUUCUAUCAAGUUAACGUACAUCCAACUCUAAGUGAUCGUUGUCGAUUGAAACAACGUUUAACCCGAUUAAAGAUAAAACCCAUUGAGCCAAUUACACGACGUCGAAGCUCAGUUCGUCGUAGUCGACGAUCAGUUCGAUCGGGUUAUGCAUUUGCACAUCAAGAAGGUUUCGGACGUUUAAUAACAUCCGGUAAACUUGUUCAAAAGCCAAGUAUUAAAUCAAACACUGGUACCAAUACACUCAAUAGUGUACGUUCAUCAAUUGAAGUUGCUGGUACAGUGAUGCCAAAUCAAGCCAAUAUCUCAUCAUCAUCAACACACAAUGUUAAGGCUUCCUCAUCAUCUUCAAGAGUUCAACCUCGACAAGUUGGACCUUCUCCUAUUCAAAUUUAAAUUUAUUCUCAUCAUAACACAUUAUCUCUCUCUCUCUCUCUCUUCUAUGUCAACUUUUCCCUCCCACUUUCUUUUCUCAUCUUUAUCAUUAUUAUUAUUCAUUUUAACAGUUUAUCAAAUUGUCAUCUCUUGUUAUAAUCUCUUUUCUUUUACCUAUUGAUCUUUUAUUUUCUUCUCUCUUCUAUUAUUUAUCUCUUUCUCUCUUCCUGAUCCACUCACUCGUUUUUAUCCUCUAACACUCAAAAUCUUAAAUCAAUCUUCCCCUUCUUAUUACCUAUCAUUUGAUAUAAAAGAAGGUUAAAAAAUUAUCUAUAAAUUGUUAUAUUGUUGUGAAAAGGUUUACCUUUAAAUCACCGUUCAUGUUAAUUUUGUCAACUUAACAGAGACUUUAGAAAAUGUUAAUUAAUUUUUAAAUAUAAUAUAAGAGAUCAACAAAAGGUAGAUACGCUUUUCGUUACAGUUAAAUUAAAAAACAAAUAGACAAUUAGUUAAUGAUUUUAAAACCAUAUUAGUGAAAAUUUCAAUCAAAUUAACCUCAUCUUCCAAUACAAAAGUUUAAUUGAAAGCGUAUCUACUGAUUGUUACCUUUUCUUAUUACUAUUAACGUUAAUUAUUACCAAUGUUUAAAUGAAAAAAAUUACCUCUAAA